AUGUUUUCUCCACACUUUAACAAAAAAACGUGCCAAGGUGUGACAUUUAUGAACCCCACCAACUGGGAGCUGUGCACACAAAUCGUUUUGCCUGUGGUGUGGGAAAGUGAUGAAUGGGGGCUGUUCUGCUGGCGGAGGAGGGCUGCUCUCCCUCUGGCAUGCCUGCAGCCUUAUUUAUUACCCACCCAAGUAUAAAACCGCCCGGCCGGCUGCAGCUCUCAUCUCCAGCCUUGGCACUUGCCCGAAGAGACCACGGCGCCCGGAGCCCCAGCCGUCUUCUCCCAGAGGCUCUGUGGCUCUAUUGAGAAUCAUGCACGGGAGGCAGCUCGUCUGCUGGCACCUGCUGGUUUUGCUUUUCCUCCCUUUUUGCCUGUGUCAAGAUGAAUACAUGGAGGUGAGCGGAAGAGCUAAUAAAGUGGUGGCAAGAAUAGUGCAAAGCCAUCAGCAGACUGGCCGUAGCGGCUCCAGGAGGGAGAAAGUGAGAGAGCGGAGCCAUCCUAAAUCUGGGACUGUGGAUAAUAACACUUCUACAGACCUAAAAUCCCUGAGACCAGAUGAGCUACCGCACCCCGAGGUAGAUGACCUAGCCCAGAUCACCCCAUUCUGGGGCCAGUCUCCACCAACCGGAGGACUGCCCCCAGACUGCAGCAAAUGUUGCCAUGGAGACUACAGCUUCCGAGGCUACCAAGGCCCCCCAGGACCUCCUGGCCCCCCCGGCAUUCCAGGAAACCAUGGGAACAAUGGCAAUAAUGGAGCCACUGGCCACGAAGGGGCCAAAGGUGAGAAAGGAGACAAAGGUGACCUGGGGCCACGAGGGGAGCGAGGGCAGCAUGGCCCCAAAGGAGAGAAGGGCUACCCAGGGGUUCCACCAGAACUGCAGAUUGCGUUCAUGGCGUCUCUGGCAACUCACUUCAGCAAUCAGAACAGUGGGAUUAUCUUCAGCAGCGUUGAAACCAACAUUGGAAACUUCUUUGAUGUCAUGACUGGUAGAUUUGGGGCUCCAGUAUCAGGUGUCUAUUUCUUCACCUUCAGCAUGAUGAAGCAUGAGGACGUAGAAGAAGUGUAUGUGUAUCUCAUGCACAACGGCAACACAGUCUUCAGCAUGUACAGCUAUGAAACCAAGGGGAAAUCAGAUACAUCCAGCAACCAUGCCGUGCUGAAGCUGGCCAAAGGGGAUGAGGUUUGGCUGAGGAUGGGCAAUGGUGCUCUUCAUGGGGACCACCAGCGCUUCUCUACCUUUGCAGGCUUCCUGCUCUUUGAAACUAAGUAAAUGAAUGAAGAGACCAGCUGCAUUUGCAGGAAGACUUAUAGCUGAGCUGGUGUUGUCGUGAUCUGCAGGACGUUAGAGUUGAUGGUUCUAUAUGUUGUGUUUUUUUUUUUAAUUUCAUUGGUUACAUUGCUAAUCAUGCUACAGGUACAACAAUAAUGAGGGAUGACUGCAGGGGCUCAGAGAAUAAACCACAAAACAGUCUUCCCAAGUGGCCUUGAUUAGCAUACUCAGCAAGCUUUAUCACUUCCCUGGGCACCUAAAAGAGAAUUCUCCUCUUGAUACAGGUUGGAAAUCAUUGUUCCCAUCAGAGAAGUCAUUAGCAAAGAGUUUUAGCUGCUCUGUUUUAAAAUUAAUAGCAGCUUUUGGGAACCCCUGAGGUUUUGGGUUCAUCAUUCUUUACAACAUUUGAGAGAACAGGGUGCAGUGAUUAUGAUGGGACCAGGGCCAAAACCAAGGUACCAGAAAUAUUUGUAAAGCCUAGACUGGGCAGUAACACUUUGAUCCAGUGGGUCAAUAUUCAGGAAUAUAGAUUUUUUUUUUUUAGUAAUUCCAGAUAGCUUUUAGAUAGUAAUAGAAUCCACAAUGCUCACAAAGAAUUGACUCCUCCUUUUCUAUAAGGAUACUGCUGUAAUUAAAUCUUGACUUCAAAUGGCUUACAUUUUUGGAAAUAGAAUUUUCCUGUAAUCCAGAAUUGGGCUGACCAGAUCUGGCUUAUCAGAUUGCCUCUUUCCCAUUGCAUUUCUUACAGUACAAUAGAGCUCUGUUGACUCUGGCCUGAGGUGAAUGCAGGUCCAUAUUGUACAGAUAUAAUCACUUUCUCUUCUAUCAGUUUAGAAAUUACCCUAAUACACUUUAAAUACACUGACAUGUCAUGUAUAAGGAACUGUAAACUUAGUUAUAUACAGUGAAACUAAUGGAUACAUAAUAAAAGGGCAUUCCACUUAGGAGACAUAUAAUAAAAUUGCUUAACCUUUUUUUUUGAAUAAAAGAUGAUUACUUUGAUUACUGUAUUUAAUCAAUAGUCAUGGAGCAGCUGUGCUGCUUGAAUUCUUCCUAUCCCUCCCAAAAGUCGAUUCUUAAAAGAUUAAAUUUGUCACCAAAACGAUAUUCAUGAUAAUGUGCCAUAAGUUCUGAUGCUAGUACCUAAAGAUGGUACCCAAAAUUGGCUUAUUUUAAGCAGAGAAUCAUUGGAAUAUAUGUCUACCCUGAGGUUGAGUCAUAUUUAAAAUGCACUAGAGAGAUGUCCAUCUAACAGAUAUCAUAUAAUGAAUUCUCUUAGAAAUAAUGAGCCCUUAAUUUCUCUUCUGUUACAAUUUGAAUUUCCACAAAGUUUUUUUAACUGCUUACUCAUGUUGAUUACCCUCUACAGCUAGAAUUGGAGAGAAUUAAUUUGCUAACUUAGUGUGUUCUCUGUUCAGUUCAGUCUUUGCCCCUUUCCUUUUGAGCUACAAAUAUUUUGAAACUCUUCCUGAAUCCACAUGCAAUGCUAUUUUAAGUGGAUGGAUAUUAGCUAUACUGUGCUUGGCUGGUGAUGUUUUUGUGAUUUUGUGUGUAUUCUCCUUCCCCCUCCCUUGCCCCAGUGUGGGGUCAUGGGGUUGAAGUUUACUCUCACCAAAUGUCCUAGAGGUACAUUGCAAAUAGGUAUCUGAAUGUUGCAUGUUGCCCCAAGGAAUUUCACAUCUAAAGAGCAUGUACUACCAAUAAAGUGCCUUAGAGUACGAUGUUGGCCUGGCUUUGGAUAAAACUGAGCCAAGAGAAAUGUCAUAAGCAUUAUAUGGAAAUAAACCCACCUCUGUUAAAUGUACUGUUUUAUAAUGUUCUUAAUAAAAUCGAAUACUCAUACAA